AUGGAGAUCAUUCAAAACAAUCAAGAGGAGUUUCUUCGCAUAUUGAAUACCGCACCCAGCUCAGGUGCUGCGCAGCCAGCAGCGGGAGCCGAAGCCGGAGCAAAUCCCAACCCUUAUGGCGAACGCCACGUGAUAGAUUUGACAGAGCAAGAAGCUGCAGCUAUUCAACGUAUAAAAUCUAUGGGAUUCCGAGUUCCGGACGGUCUGAUUAUCGAGGCGUAUUUGGCUUGUGACAAGAAUGAAGAAAUGGCCAUCGAUUACAUUUUAAACAGAAUGAGUGAAGAUGACAUGUGA